AUGCAACAAAUAAAAUUUCGUGACAGUUUUGUUCUAUUUUUAUUCUUAUUAUUAUUUAAUGUUCUUCAAUCAUCAGCUGCAUCUGCUUUAUGUCCUGGUACACCUUCGUGCAAUUGUACACUUACAAAUAAUACCUAUUUAGAUAUCGUUUGCAGUUCGAUGCUUAAUCUUACUGUACUGCCCGUAUUUAAUGAUGUAACACUUCAAUCAGGAGUUACUGAAAUACAUGUUAGUUCAUCGACUAUUGGUACUCAUGGUCCGUUAACAAGUUUACCAACAAAUAUUUGUUCAUCAUAUCCAAAUGUUGCUGUGCUUGAUCUAUCAUGGAAUAGUAUAACGGGCUCAUUAAAUAUGUCUCAACUUAAUUGUUUGGGUACAAAAUUAACUUAUCUUGAUUUUUCAAAUAAUUAUAUCAGCGAUACUGAUUUGAAUUUUUUAAGAGUAAAUAGUCUAAUGCAAUCAAUAAAUCUCGCUCAAAAUGUUCUAACAAAAAUGCCUGCCGUUAAUUCGGAUACGUUUGUGAAUUUUCCUACAACGUUUGUCCUAAUGAAUUUCAGUUAUAAUCAAAUAACAAAUGUUGAUCUUUGGCCUCUAUUUGUUAAAAAUCAAAAUUCGAUGAUCAUUGAUAUGAGUUAUAAUGUAAUUCAAAAUUAUACAAAUGAGGUUCCCAUCUAUGUUAACCAAUUUACUGCAACGGCAGAUCCGCGUAGUUUUUAUUUAAAUAAUAACCAAAUUGAAGGUUUACCUGAUAUUUUACUUCAACAGUAUGGCGCAUGUCCAACAAUUAGUACAACAAGUACAGCUUAUUUUCUUGUUGCUGUUUCAAAUAUGUUACUAAUAAAUAAUAAUUUAACAUGUAAUUGUGACUCGUAUAAUUUUAUACAAUUUAUUGAGAAUUAUAAAGAUGAUUUCCCACAGUUAACUAAUGGUACAGCUUUAAUAACACGAGCAAUGUGCUCAACGCCAGACUCAAUGGUAGGGCAACAAUAUAUUUUUUCAAAUUUUAGCGCAGGAGGUGCAUGUGCAAGUUAUACAUUACCAAGCCAAACAAAUAUUUUUUGUUCUGUCUAUCCAAAUGAUACAGCAGUAACUAUAGCACCACCAACCUAUUGGACACCAACAACAACAAUAGCAACAACGCUAGUUAAUCCCAAUGCCACAACAAUUAGUUCAGGUGGAAAUGGUCCUUCAGGGAAUAGUGGUACCAAUGGCUCAUCAAGUUUGUCAUCACCAGCAUGGUACAUUAUUUUAGGCGUUGUACUUGGCCUUGCAUUAAUAGUCUUUUUACUUGUAAUCGCUGGUUAUAUAUAUCGUGAUAGAUUAUUUCCACUAAAGUAUGGUUCAAAAUUAUCAAAUAAUGGUAGUAGUCAUCGACAUAGUGACGCAUCAGAUUAUCAUGGUAUGCAUUCAGGACGUUGGAACCAUCCAGAACAAGAAACUCAGACAUGCUUUCAAAUUGAUCGUACAAAACCGCCGAGAGGCGUAAAACGAGAUCUAAAACAACUUAGAAAAGCUCCUAGUCUUUACAGUUCAGACCACGAUAGAACAUUAUCGACAUCGGUUGCAACCGAUGCAGGAACAAAUACAACAAGUGUGGUUAAAGGCAUACCAAUACCGGCGAAAGUAAAUAAAAUUCCAUCAAUUCCCUCCGCUAACAAUGGCACAGUACCUUCUACAAGCGCAUCUGAAUUGAACGUUACAGCAAUACCAUUGGCGCCAUCAAAACGAGCUAAACUAUUGCCACAAGUUAAAAGUGGAAUCUAUGUUGAUACAAUCAAUAACAAUCUACUGAAUACAUCAGCUAGUGCAUUCGUGUCCAAUCAACGGCAAAGACGUCGUAGUUCUAUGUGGGUUCGUAGACAACAGCAAAAUUCUAUCACACCAAUACCUUCACGACCGCACUCUGUGACUGCGCGAAAGACUGUUUUCGAUCAUGAAGAUACUUAUAGUGAUGACAUAUCUUCUAUUCCAACUGUAGAAGCUUUAUCUAGUAGGCCACCGAAACCGUUACGAGCAUUGCCACUACUUAAUAUUACUGUUAUACCUGGCUGGAUUGACAAUAAUUCUGAUCAGAAUUGA